ACAGAGUCUGAACUGAUUUCAAUAUUUGUCUGAUUUGCAGCUGCUAAAAUGGAAGAGGUGUACGUGAAACAUGUGGAGAUGCUCGGAUUUGAGAGACGGGUUUCUCCAAGUCGACACUACGUGUUCAGGCUGAUGGUGAAGUGGAGCGACGACUCAGAGAAGCUCAUUUAUCGAACAUAUCCAGAGAUACACACUUUUCAUAAAUCCCUGAAGGAGAUGUUUCCCAUUGAAGCGGGUCAGAUCGAGAAGAGGGACAGAAUCAUCCCUUCAUUACCAGCUCCUCGUUGGGUGGAGAAUGAGCGUACAAGUGAAUCAAAGCAGUCCACCCUGACUGAGUACUCCCAGGCUCUGCUACGGCUCCCUCCUCACAUCUCCCGCUGCAGCGCCCUCUGCAGCUUCUUCAGGGUACGAGCAGAGGACGAGAACCCACAGGCCACAACCACACUCAAGAGAAACGAGACACUUGAGUCCCGAGAGCAGUUCAGAGCAAAUGCAUCAGAAAUUUCAGGUCCUAUCAUUCUGGACACAUAUCGAGUGAUUGCCGACUUCACUAAAACAUCCAAACACGAAAUAAACCUUCAUAGCGGAGACAUGGUGGAGAUCGUGGAGAAAAAUCAAAAUGGUUGGUGGUUCUGUCAGAUGGAGUCCAAAUAUGGCUGGGUUCCUGCAUCAUACCUGGAACCUUUAGAUGGACCAGAGGAGGAAGAGGAGCCAGACCCCGACUAUGAAGGAGAGCUGUACGUCACCACCCGAUCUUACAGAGCUGAGCAGGAGGACGAAAUCUCCCUAGAGACUGGAGAAACCAUCGAGGUCAUUCACAAACUGCUCGACGGGUGGUGGGUCGUCAGAAAAGGAGAGGAGACCGGACAUUUCCCCUCCAUGUUUUUACAGAAAGCUGGGAAAAAGGCUGCAUUGGAGCGAACCAAUCCAUACGGAACCAAACUACCUCCACGAAGGUCGACGAUUAGAAACGCAAAGAGUAUCCACGGUCGCUCGAAGCCAAGCCUGUCCCAGGACGUCUACAGGAGGAACAGUCGAAAGUACCUUCAACAGAAGAGCAACCGAAUGCCACCACGGAAACACUCACGCGACAAUGUCAAAUCACCUCUGCGCGAGAUGACGCAUGAAGAAAAUUUCUCAGAGGCCAGUUCUGAUGCGGAGCAGAAGAAGGUCGCUCCAGUGGUUCCUCCAAGACCCAGUCCUGAGCUGAUUCUGGAGCGAUGCACUGACAAAACCCGCAAACGUAUCAGCCUCCGCAGCGCCCCCACUGCCUCUGUCAGCUGAACUACAUCCCAAAGAAAACCAAAUAACAUACAACAACAUUCUGCAUCUUUGUGUUCAAAAUACAGUGUUAUGAAGCUUAAACAUCUGUGCAUAUUAGUUUAAAAGUACACAGGACGAUACCAAACAACCACAAAUGUAUAUAUGGGAAUAAAUAGCUGUGUUUCAUCACUGCAUUCUAUAGUCCAAUAAUAUUUAAUACAGCUAACAUGCUGGUUUUUGUUGUAAUACAGUGAGUUCUUGGGUCUAAUCACUAAUAGUAAUGAUCAGGUUCAACAUUUGUGCAUUUACUUUUUGGAUAUUUCAGGGCAAAGUACAGUGUAAUCAAUAGGACGAACUCAUGCCCCCAUCUAGUAUGACAUCAUCAUAUUCUAGGGUCAGAAAAUGUCUCAUUGCCAGUCAUCAGUGAAAGUGCAACAACCUUUCAUGUUUUUCUAAUUCUGACUUAGUUUAGUGGGAUAGUACCUGUGCUUAAUACAGUAUUUAUCAUAGUUUUACAUUAAUUAAGUGGCAGUUUAUGAGAAAAAGUUGAAAAUAAAAGGACAGAAAUACAGGAAAUAGUUCUAAAAGAAAAUCCCUCUACUGUCAUCAACAUCAACUAUUCCAUCCAAAAUGCAGAGACAAUUUAUGUGCAGGGAAGGCUUUUGAUGGUUUAAACCUUUCUUUAACCAAAUAAAUGUGUUGUAAUUG